UUGAUCAAGCAUACAAGCUAUGAAGACUACAAUGCAAGUAGCCAGGGCUGGGACGAUGAAAACAAGCUGGGGGAGAUGAAGGAUGAAGACAUGCGCUACCUGAUAGUAAGACUUAAGGAUAGCCACCAACCCAACUUGGAAAAGCAAUGGAGCAAGGACCAAAAGCUGGAUUCAUUAAUCACUGGCUUUUUGUCGUUCAUGAUUACUCAGGAAGAAGAAGAGAACGUCGUCUACAUCUACGAAAUCCACAUCUCCGAGCACUUUCGGGACUGUGGUCUGGGACGCCAUCUUUUCAGCAUGGUUGAGCACAUCGGCGAUGUGACUGAAAUGGACAAAGCAAUGCUUACCGUCUUCAAACGCAAUACUUACGCACGACGGUGGUACGACUCUCGCGGUUACAGUGUGGACGAAAUCAGUCCCAGACCUAGGAAACUAAGAGGAGGAAGAUCCAUCGAGCCUGACUAUGAGAUCCUAAGCAAGCGCCUACAG